AUGACAGCCACAGCCCAGCAGCCCACCAAAGCCCAGCCCGUGCACCUCACCACGCCGGCGGCGGCCGCCAACGCGCCGGUGCCAGCCGCGGGUGGCGACCCCCAGGCGCAGCUGGAGGCCGACAAGAGGGCUGUCUACAGGCACCCUCUGUUCCCGCUGCUGACGCUGCUCUUUGAGAAGUGUGAGCAGGCCACGCAGGGCUCGGAGUGCAUCACCUCAGCCAGCUUCGAUGUCGACAUCGAGAACUUUGUCCACCAGCAGGAGCAGGAACACAAGCCCUUCUUCAGCGACGACCCCGAGCUGGACAACCUGAUGGUGAAGGCCAUCCAGGUGCUGCGCAUCCACCUCCUGGAGCUGGAGAAGGUCAAUGAGUUGUGCAAGGACUUCUGCAACCGCUACAUCACCUGCCUCAAAACCAAGAUGCACAGUGACAACCUACUCAGGAACGACCUGGGGGGGCCCUACUCCCCCAACCCCUCCUCCAUCAGCCUCCACCCCCAGGAGAUGCUGCAGAGCUCCCCAGCAGCGCUGCCGCCGGCCUCCAACCCCCCUGCGGGCAUCGUGGUGCCCGCGGCCACUCUGCCCCCUGGCAACCUGGCCAUGGGCACCGGCAGCAGCUCGCCCGCCGUGCCAGGUGGAGCCUUGUACCAGCCCGUGACCAUGGUGACGUCGCAGGGCCAGGUGCUCGCCCAGGCCAUCACCCCUGGUGCCCUGCAGAUCCCCAAUGCCCAGGUGAACCUGGAUCUCACCUCCCUCCUUGAUGGUGAGGACAAGAAGUCCAAGAACAAGCGGGGGGUCCUGCCCAAACACGCCACCAACAUCAUGCGCUCAUGGCUCUUCCAGCAUCUCAUGCACCCCUACCCCACAGAGGAUGAGAAGAGGCAAAUUGCUGCCCAAACCAACCUGACCCUCUUGCAAGUCAACAACUGGUUCAUAAACGCCCGGCGGCGCAUCCUGCAGCCCAUGCUGGACGCCAGCAACCCGGACCCAGCCCCCAAAGCCAAGAAAAUCAAAUCCCAGCACCGGCCCACGCAGCGGUUCUGGCCCAACUCCAUCGCCGCCGGCGUCCUGCAGCAGCAGGGGGGCAAUGCAGGGACAAACCCUGACGGCUCGCUCAGCAUGGACAACCUCCAGCCCCUCUCAUCAGCCACUGCCACCAUGGCCAUGCAGCAGGCAAUGCUGGCAGCCCAUGACGACUCCCUGGAUGGCACCGAGGAAGAGGAGGAGGAUGAGGAGGAUGAGGACGAGAUGGAGGAGGAGGAGGAAGAGGAGGAAGAGCUGGAGGAAGAGCCUGGUGGCCUCCCAGCGGCACCUGGUGCUGACCUUGGUUUGGACCACAGUGACUCACUGGAAUAGCUCCUCCUGCACCCUCACAAAUCAUUGACAGCACCAGAUACAAAAUUCCCCCCAAAAUGCAAAAAAAAAUAAAGGCAAGAAGAAGAAAUUAGUGAGCAAAAAGCAAACUGGCAGUGCUGGCAGAGGCCCUGGCUGCCCCAGGAGCACAGGGACCACCAUGGCAGCGCCCAGGAGUGGACACACGUUUACAAGGCACAUAUUGUGGCCAGAUGAAUCUUUUCUUUCAGGUUUUGUUUUUCUUUUUCCCUUCAUUUUUUGGUAAGCAAAAGCAUUUUUAGGGAAAGUUGUUUUCCCCACGUGACGCUCGGAUGCUGGUGGGCAGUGGUGGGUGGGCCACUGCAUCCAUCCCUUGGAUUUCUUGGUGCAAAGAAAAGCCAAACCAACCCUAGGACUUGAUGCUUUUUGGAUUUUUCCCUCAGAAAGGUCAUUCACAGGCAUAAAUACUGGCAUGGAGGGGGAAGAAAAAUAAUCAGCGAGUGCAAAUUCUGCUAUAUCCAAGGAGGGUUUGGUGCUUGACUCAUGGGAUUGCCCAAACCUCCCAACUUUGGCCCCAGUGCUGAGGCUGCUUGGUGACUCUGGACACAACUUUCUGGAAAAGGGAGGAAAUUCCUCCAAAUCCUUUAAUUUAUGUGCUAAAACCUCUGCUGAAUCUGGAAAAAAUCCAACUCACCCCAUUCUCAUCCUUAAGGGCCGAGAUUGGAGGCAGAGUUGGGGCAAAGGCUGCCGGAAGUAAAACUUUUCCAAAGGCAUUUUGGCACAGAGUUAGUUAAAAAUGGGGGGAAAUUGGUUUAAAAAAACUCGAGAUUUCACCCAAAAUUGAAUGGCGAUGGGCAAGACUCGCCUGGGUGGAAGGAAACUAAGUAUUGUUGCUUAAAAGAUGAUUUCUCCCUGGUAUUGUCCCUCCACAUGGCAAAAUGGUGGAGCUGUAGCCCCAUGGGGGAAGGCAACUGCCAAAAACCCUGUAUUUUGGGUUUUUUUAAUUUUAAAUGCUAGCAAAAGGGUGGAUUCGCCUUAAAAUGUGGCAUGGGAGGAAAUGCAAAAGCAAACCAGGGCAAAAAUAAAGGAAUUGUUUUCUGCAGGUUCCUGCUCUAAAUGUGAGAUUCUAGGAGAAGGAUCAUUUUCUUGGAGGCUCUUUGCCCAUAUUGUCCUUUUUUUUCCCUGGCUCUUGAAGAGUUGACCAAAAGCAGCUGAACAAGAGCUGGGAUAAAAAACACAAGUGAUGCAAUGGGCAGAAAUGCCUAUUUUUGGAUACUGAUCUGGCGUGAAUGUAAUCUGUAAUUUCAUAAAGGAUUCAUUGUAAUUUAGUAUUAA